AUGUCGAGUGUAAAACUAUACAUAUAUGAUCUUUCGAGAGGGAUGGCAAAGCUCUAUGCACCCAUGCUCCUAGGACAGAAUCUGGAGGGCGUCUGGCAUUCGUCGCUGGUCGUCCACAAUCGUGAAAUUUACUUUGGCCAGGGCAUUUUUUCCGUGCCACCAGGAACAACACACUUAGGGGCACCGCAUAGGGUCAUUGAUCUGGGCGAAACCGAGCUUCCUUUAGACGUGAUUGAAGAGUAUCUUGAGGAGGUCAAGCCUGAGUGGACGGCAGAUCGGUACCAUCUGUUUCUGAACAACUGCAACGACUUUAGCGACUCGCUGGCCGAGUUUCUGGUCGGAAAGGGCAUUCCCUCGUACGUUAAAGACGUUGCCAGAACCGUAGCGGGUACACCGUUCGGCCAAAUGCUGAUGACCCAACUCACCGCGGGCGGAUCGUCAGGGGCCGAAUUCGGAGCAAUAUAG